UAGAAUAAAAGUAAUAGAAAUUAAUACCCACCACAAAAAUCCAUAUUCACAAUUUAUUCUAUCGCUAUUUAAAAAAAUACUAAAAUAUUUAUCUUUUAUAAAUAGACUUAAUCCAUAAAUCGUAUAACAAAGGGUUAAGACAGCAAAGAAAUAAAAAAUGAUUUUUAAAAAACGAUUUCUUUUAUAAUAAUAGUUCAUAAAUUCUUUAUUGAGUUAAUUUUUUAAAUCCAUUUUUUCAAGUUCUGUAAAAUAAUACUAAAACUAUUAAUAUUAUUAUUCAUUUUCUUCCUCAGUUUUAUAUUCACCUAAUUUUUCGCAAAUAUAUUAUUUUCUUAUUUACGAUAUUAAUUAUAAAGAAAUUAAAAAAUUAUAUAAAAAUCUACAAAAAAAGAAAUAAGACCAUUAAAUAUUCCAAAGUUAUAAUUAACUAUCUUUACAUCUAUUAAUAUAAAUAAUUAAAGAAACAAAGGCAAUAAUUAAAUCUAUUAUUGAAUAUAAAUAUAUUUGAUUUUUAUUUUCCUUAAAUAUUUCUAAAAAUAAUUUAGAC